GACAGACACUCGGAGGGAACGGGGUUGUUGAGGGAAGGGCCGUGCGGUGGGAUUUGUGUGUGGGCUGGGGGGCGCGGGUAUUGCGCUCUGCGACGAUAUAUAAGGCCCCGGGGGCUGGUCGGCUGUGGGGGGCGUCACAAUCUCCCUCCACAUUAACGCUCAGUCUCCUCAGGGACCGAGCUAUUUAAGAGGCUAUUAGAAUGUGCGAUGGUGGCAUCGUGGUAAUAUCGCAAAACUAGUAACCCAGAGGCCUUGGAUAACGCUUCAGUUUCAGUAAGGGGGGGGCUUCUGAUGUGGUAGUGUCCCUGUCUCUGAGCAGUGAGGGACAGGCUGGGCCCCAUUCCAGUACAUGAAGAUAUGUGGGUGCAACUAUUUUAUCAUAUUUCAUGCCCUACUCGCUCCAGAGAAGGUAACAACAUUCCUGAACAGGUUUAAUAGCAAAUAACUGUAACACAGGACUGUUUUGAAGUACAGUGGUAUUGUCCCUCCAUCUGAGCCAGGAGUCCUGGGUUAAAAUCCAGAGGCUUAAAAGAUACAACAACUCAUCAUUGCUGUUGAAGUUUACCAUAUACUGUCGCCUUGCCCUGAAGUAGAUAGUCCUUUGUCUGUCCACACCAUGGAAGGAGGUUCUUCUGUGCAAGCUAGUUAUGUUUUCCGGGGCAUUGAGUAUAUAGUCACGAUGAUGGUGACUGGAGAUGUGUUGGAGGUGGAAGUCGAGGACCGAUUGACAUCUGAACAAUGGCGAGGAGAAUUCGAGGCUGUUUAUAUCGAAGAUGUCACUCACAAAACUGGCAACUUCAAACAGUUCUCAAUCUUUUGCAAUAUGUUGGAGUCAGCCAUCACAAAGAGCAGUGAAUCAGUGACUCUUGACCUAUUGACCUACGCUGACCUGGAGCUAUUGAGAAACCGGAAAGCUGGAGUUUCAAUGAGGCACGCACCACCACCGAAAUCUGGAGCCCUCAAUGUGAAACGUUACCUCAUCCUCAUUUACUCAGUGGAGUUUGACAGAAUACACUACCCACUUCCCCUACCCUAUGUAGGAAAGCCAGAUCCAGCCACUCUCCAGAAGAUCAUUCGAAGCCUGAAAGAGGAACUUGCCACAGUGAAAUCAAAGCAUGGCAAGGACUUCCGUGACACAGAGCUCAGACGCUUGAGAGCAGAGUUCGAGAAGCUGCUGCAGGAGAAACAGGAGCUGGAAGUCAUGAUUCUGCAGCUCCAGGACCAGAUGAAACUGUCCAGCACAGCAUCUGUGGCUAAGGAGGUGAAAAUCCUGAAAAAAAUCAUUCAGAGCUUGGAGGAGGAGCUGAUGAAGGAGAAAACAAAAAAUCAGAGAGCAGCAAAUAAACGAAACCAAGAAUACCGCCAGGUCUUGGAUGAGCUGGAAGACGUAAAGGCUUCAGAGCGGAAACUGAAGGUGCGAAUGAAGAACCUGACCACAGAGUUGAAUUUGUACAAAAGGGGUCGCCUGACUCCAGUGGGACCCUCUCCCCAGAACCGAUCAAAUUUAACUCUCAGCUCCGGCCAUCGUUCUCAGACCAGGACAGAUUCGGCUGGCAGAGUUCGGCAGGACGGUCAGUCGGCCUUGCGGGAAAGAAGUAAGCAGUGGUCAGGGUCCCAAGAGAGGGAGAGGUCCACGUCCAGAGAGAGAAGUGGCCGGUGGUCAUCGUUUCGAGAGAGGGAACGGUCUUCCUCCAGAGACAGCCAGCAAAGAAAUCGUUCCCGUACCCCCAGACUGUCACCCUCUCCAGCAGGAACCAGGCAAGCCCGUUUCGACCCCACUGCAUAUGUGCACAACAAGGAACAAAAGCAGAAGGAGACAGAGCAGAGAAACUUGAGGAGGAUCUACAGGGGCAUGAACCUCCUGACCGGUGAGGAACGAGGAAGGUCGAAAUCCAAGAACUGCUCCCGCGAAGGCAGUGCCAGCAAAGUACAAACGAGUGGUCACAGUCGUGGGCGGAGCUCAUCGGCGGAAUUUCACCGGAGCCGAUUCUCCUCUGCAAGCUCACUCAGUGAUUUUGAAGAUAGAAGAGGACAUGCCAAGUCAAGAUUGCAUAGAAGCAGAAAACCUAAACGGCCAUUAGGAUUGGCAUCUUGGAGCAGUCCGAACUUGCCUCAAAGGAAACCAAAAGCAAAGAAACGUUUAGCCAGCACCCCAACUAAACAAAACAAGGUAUCUGACAAAGAAAAUUAUCUAGACUCGUGCGACCUUUCUGAAAUCGAUGCCAGGCUCAACGCGCUGCAGGAGUACAUGGAGAAGCUUGGCGCACGGACCGAGUGAGCUGAGGAGCAGAUCCUUCCGGCGGGUGCUGUAUGACAAACUGAGGGCACGGGAGGGGACGGAGGGCAGGGUGAGGCAGGAGCGUGUGGGCACAGACACAACCUGCCUGACACCACCCAUGUAGCCCAGGUCAGAAGCAGCCAACCUGCGUGUGCUAAACCAGCCCUCCUUUUCUCAGACUAGAUGGAAGAACUGAAUGACUAGAUUUGUUCGCUGCAGAUAGGAAUUUUCUUUUUGUUUUUUUUAUAUAGAAAAUAGGAUAAGUUUCUGGACAAACGGUGAGAGUUGUCACCUUUGUGUGACUAUUACACUAUUUGAUAAACCUUGUGGCCAAAAUGCAACACUAUAGAAUGAUUAACCGAGAUUAUUGUGUGUCUGGAGCUGGUUUUGACAAGGUGUAACCAAUUUCUAGCCAGUUGACUAUCCUGGUAGUUCCUCACUUGGGAGAUCGCAACUAGUUGCUGGUGAAAAUGGACUCCCAAACUUUUCACAUUAAGUCAGAAAGUCACACAACACCAGAGUUAAAAAUUACACCACACCAGGUUAUAGUCCAACAGGUUUAAUUGGAAGCACACUAGCUUUCAGAGUGCUGCUCCUUCAUCCAAAAGCUUGUGCUUUCAAUUAAACUUGUUGGACUAUAAAUCCUGGUGUUGUGUGAUUUUUAACUUUGUAUAUCCCAGCCCAACAGUGGCAUCUCCAAAACACACCAGGUUAUAGUCCAACAGGUUUAUUUCAAAACACAAGCUUUCAAAGCUCAGCCCACCAAGGGUUCAAAGGCUUGUGAUUUCAAAUAAACCUGUUGGACUGAACCUGAUGUCGUGUGACGUCUGACCUUGACCACCCAGUCCAACACUGGCACCUCCACAUCGUUUUCACAUGAAUACAGAUUGUGGUUCUCCCCAGUGUCCUGUACAAUAUUUAGAGAGCUGUAUGAAGUAACUGAGUGCUAGAUUCCGUGUUUGUAAUUCCCAUAUCAGACCAGCGCAGACAUUCGAGCAUCACAGGGCAGAAGACACACGUGGUUGUCCAAUGAACUAAAUGUGGUCUGGGAAUAAGGAGUCAGUCACUUAGCCCCUUGCUCCUUACUCAUCAUUCCUUGAGUUCUUGUCUGAUCUGCAACUGAGCUCCACUUGCCUUCCUUUGACUCCUAUCCAUGCCUUUGGCCAACAGACUAAAUUUGAUUCAAAAUUAACAAUGGAUUUAGCUAGCACUUGUUGCUGUCUUUGGAAGUGAGUUCCAAACCUCUAUCAUCACUCUCUUCGCCUAUUGUUUCAUAAUUUUAUCUCUUCUGCUUUCUGACUUUCUCAUUAUUCUACAGUGCCUCCUGCUGCCUACCUAUGGCAUAAAACCCAUCCUAUUUCUACCACCCUUUCGUUCUGAAGAGGAACCGCACUCAACCCUCAGGGUUGACUCUGUUUCUCUCUCCACACACGCCACCAGACCUGCUGAGUUUCUCUGGCACUUUGGCAGGCGAUGAACGACAGAAAAUGAAAACAGUGUUUCUUGAUUCCGUUCCUGAAAGGUCUGGACGCAGCACCAAAAAGAACAUAAGGCAGAAUAACUUUACAAUGAUAUCAGUUAAUUGUUAGGUACAUGGGACCAAGUGUAGGCCAUUCAGCCCUUUUGAGCCUGCUGUGCCGUCCUAGAUCAUGGCUGAUUUACCUCAAAGCUAUUUUCCAACGUAACCUCAUAACCCUUCAUGUCAUUAGUCUCUUGAAAUCUAUCAAUUUCUGUCUUGAAACUACUUAAGUGUUUGGGCCUUCUGAGGUCAAGAAUUCCAAAGAUUUACUAACCCGGAGAGUGAAUAAAUCCCCCCCUUUACUAUGAAACUGAGACCCACAGCCAGUGAAACAUUCUUUCUACAUCCACACAGUUGAGUCCUUUUAAGAAUUUUGUAAGUUUUUGUGAGAUUGCCUCUGAAGAAAACAGGCCCAAUCUCUCCUAUUAUAAAGAAAGACUAUUUAAUCAGAAUGAUUUGUGUCCCUAUUUUAACAUCAACUUAUUUAUUUAAUACUUACAACAUUUUCGCUCCAUAUCUACAAGUUCGUUUUUGAAGGAUUCCCGAAUAUCAUUUCAAAAUUUACCCAUAGCAGUUUCCACUGAUGCCUGCUAAGAGUGGAAUAAGAUCAGGAAGAGGCCAUUCAGCCCCUUAAGACAUGCAAUAUGAUCAUGGCUAAUCCAACACUCCUCCCGUCCACAUUCCUGCCUUUUCCCUGUAACUCUUGAUUUUCCCCUACUGAUCAAGAAUCUCUCUCUCUCAGCCUUAAAGCAGCAAUUAAAGUGAUAGUUGGUAUUUAGCCUUUUCUAUUCCCUUCAACGUUCUUUUGCUCUGCAGUAAGAUUACCACUCGACUUUUCGCCCAACCGAGACCUUUCACUCUUAAGAAUCAGGUGCAUGAUUUCUAAAGCAACUUUGCCUGAAUGCUCUCUGUGUUUGUAAAUUAUGCAGCUUUGUUUGUUUCUAUUUUCCCUGCUUCACCUCUUGAAAUCUCUCUCAAACCAGUUGCACAGCAACACUUGAGAAAUCUUUGCUGUUUUUAAUCUUGUCUGUGAUUUUCAGAUGACCCUCCCCUGUGCAGCUUGUGUAAUGGUGUUUGGAGAAUUGCAGACUGACCAGCUACUGUGGAUUUUGACCUAGUCAGUUCAUGUCCAUUUUUAAACAUGUUUUUAUUCAAUUUUUUAGACUUCAUUUUGAGAUAAAUGUAAUGGCAAACUGGAUGUAAUUCAAGAGAGUGAAAUGUGUUAGUGGGGAAUUUGUGGUGUCCUGUGAAACCUGGUUCUGAAUUAUCAGCUCGGGGCAUGAGGAGGUCAUUCAGUCUCUUGUGCCUGUUCCACCGUACAGUAAAAUUGUGGCUGAUCUUAUCAGGUCCAAAGUUCCACUUUCCUGUCUCGCCCCGAAUUAAGAAAUCCAUCCAACUCGUCCUUAAAUAAAUUCAGCCUUUGCUGUUUUCCAGGGAUGGCCUGGGAUGUGUUGAGGGUACCCCCUGGGUGACUAAAACUUGCAACAGUGCCACAGUUUCUGCUGCCAUCUGUAUGACGUUGUGACCAAUGCUUGCAAAUACUGUGCUUUUUUUUAUUUCCAGUGGCUAAAUUCUCACAACUUGAUACAAUGCUUCAGAUUUAGUUUAAGGAAUCCAUUUUUUAUGAUCCAUUUUUAUUUUAAUGUUUGUUUUGGUUUGGGUUCCAGUGAGCUCAAUCCCAGCUAGUCGUCAAAUUCAUUUCCUCACUAUCAGCUGAUACGGUGCUGUCAAGGAUAGCAGGGACCUUUUGUAACACUGACAGUUUUACCUGUGCCACACUGAGCUGGAUGUUGAAGCUGUAACUUGUGGAUGACUCCGUAACCUUGCUGUAGCUCUUCUACAUCCCAGUCUUGAAUUUAAAAACUCAAUCAGCAUCCAAAAACUAAUAGUGCAGUUUGACACUCUUCUGACCAUUUGGUUUCAGAUACCUUUUGAUAUCAGACUUGCAGCUCUGUGUCUGAUUUUCACCAAGGCAGCUUUAACCUAUAGCAAAGGUUCUUUCGUACUUAAUGAGGUACGAGUAGUGCAUGGUUACUACAAAGCUGGCAGUUUAAAAGUAGGAGAGGUGGUAGGUCCUUAGUUGUAGGUUUAUUGGCUAUGCCUGUGGUCAUAAUUAAACUGCUUCUAAUUUCAGACUCAGCAUUAAUUUCUGCAACUCUUCCUUAGUCCAUCAACAGGAAGAGUGAUAAAGAUUUGGCAGACAGCUACAAUUCACUGUUGUCCUUGAGCAUGCUUGGUGGGCAAGCCUCCUGUUACUAGGCUUCAUUAUAUUCAAGUUUUAAACCACAUCACAUUGUCAUCAAUAGAUUUUAUUUAUAAUUAUUUUAC